AUGCAACCAAAGCUCUUUAGCGUCCGUAUAGCCAACGAAUUACCAACCGUUUGUGCCGUCACGGUCUAUUUCAAAGCAGCAGAAGGAGAAGAUCGAGAUGAAGAAACUCACACACUACCAGUGAACGUUGCACACGUCUUUGAAGAGAGAGAAAACUUGUUUGUUGACAACAUCGAGGUUGUGACCGAGGGCAAUACAUAUACCUUCUCUGGUCCUUACUUGAAUCAUGAUUCUGAACGAGAGACGUUCUUUAUAGUAUUAUCAAAACAUGGAGUGGAACUGAGGAUUAGAGACAAGGAGUUGAAAACAAAAUACGACUACUCGGAGGUCAUUGGUCCAUCCUCAACAGAUAAUAAGGAUGUUAUUGGAUAUUGA